GACACUCCGUUUCCAAGUCUCACUCCAACUUCAACUACGAUUCUCUACACCGGAUCCACUGCCAAAGAUGGCGACGACGAGAUUACAGCCGUCCGUUUUGAUCCUCUGCAUGGCGAUGAUCGGAACCCUAGCUCUUGCUCAGGCUAAAUCUCAGGAAAGUCUGAAAGAAGUAACUCACAAAGUUUACUUUGACGUUGAGAUAGAUGGUAAACUUGCGGGUCGUAUUGUUAUGGGUCUCUUUGGUAAAACAGUUCCUAAAACAGCAGAGAACUUCAGAGCAUUGUGCACAGGGGAGAAAGGUGUUGGAAAGAGUGGCAAGCCUCUUCAUUACAAGGGGAGCACAUUCCAUAGAAUAAUCCCCAGUUUCAUGCUUCAAGGUGGUGAUUUCACUCUUGGUGAUGGGCGUGGAGGUGAAUCCAUUUAUGGUGAAAAAUUUGCUGAUGAAAAUUUCAAGAUCAAGCACACUGGACCAGGGCUUUUGUCAAUGGCAAAUGCUGGUCCCGACACCAAUGGUUCACAAUUCUUCAUCACAACUGUCACAACUAGCUGGUUGGAUGGCCGGCAUGUUGUCUUUGGGAAGGUGUUGUCUGGAAUGGAUGUCGUUUACAAGAUUGAAGCUGAAGGAAGACAAAGUGGAACACCAAAAAGCAAAGUUGUCAUUGCAGACAGCGGUGAACUUCCUCUGUAAUGGGAUCUGAUAAGUGCAAUAUGUUUAACGCAAUAAUCUAAGGCCGUUUUAUCUGCUAAUUAAUGUAUUUGGUGGGGCGGGGGGCGCAGUUUUUCUGUCAAUCCAUGGCUUGUUCUGACUUCAGCAGUGAAACGGAAACUCAGACAAAGAAAAGAACUUUGUAGAGGCUAAGAGACACUGGAUCACGUCAGAUAACGGAAAAAAUAAUUGGAUCGAGAUUCAUAACUAUACAUCAUAGCUAGUAGUACUACAUUUUAUUACUACUAUUUUUUCCUAUC